AUGUUAUCAUUGUUUUCUUUAAGAACAUCUGAAAAGAUGCAUCAAUCUGAGGAUGACUCUAAUUUUCAUAUGGAUGAUAAAGAAAUUUUAUAUACAAAGAAAUCUAAGGAAUUAGAAUCUAAAUGGAUGUCUUAUGAAUUUUUUAUUUAUUAUUGGGUUAUCUUUUUUGUUGCAAUUUUUUCAUUAAAAACUACAUAUGAUAUUUCAAAUUCGUCACAUCAUAAUUAUGCUCAAUUCUCUAAGAAUUUACGCCCUGGUUGGAUUGGAAAGCGUAAAAUGGAUAAUACGGAUAUACAAUAUGCAGUGUUUCGAAGAAAUGUUCCUGUUCUGAUUGUUACUUCAGCUAUUCAUUUAUCCUUAGGUUCUCUUUCUAAUUAUGUUAUUAAACAUUUUAAGAUUUUAAAUGAUGUUCAAAGGCGUAUUUUAUACAAUAAUAUAUUUUCAUUUAUUUUUCUCAUUAUUCUACAUGGUACUGGUAUUAUUAAAAUUUAUAUCAUAGCAUAUAUAAAUUACAGUAUUUCUCGUAUUUUUUCAAAGAGUAAAUUGAAUCCUAUACUAACUUGGUUUUUUAAUGUUGGAAUUCUAUUUCUUAAUGAUAUAUACAAAGGAUAUUUAUUUGGUUCUUUUUAUCAUAAAUUAUCUUUCUUAGAUCGCUAUAAUGGGUUUGUACCUCGAUGGCAAAUAUAUUUUAAUACUACUAUUUUGAGAUUUAUAUCUUAUAAUUUAGAUUAUUAUUGGUCACAAAAUGAUGAUGCUUCUGAGUUAUCUGACUUUCAAUUAACCGAAAAAAAUCGCAUUAAUAUCCCGUGUUUUCGUGAAGACUAUUGUUUAUUGAAUUUUUUUUCAUAUGCGUUUUAUUCUCCUUUGUAUUUUUCAGGGCCAAUUAUAUCUUUUAAUAACUUCAUUUCUCAGUUACGAUAUCCAUCAAAAGAUAUUACUAUUUCAUCUAUAAUAAAGUAUUUAUUAAGGCUACUAUUUUGUUUUUUUUUAUUGGAAUUGAUUCUUCACUUUUUUUAUGUUGUUGCUAUAUCUAAAAUAAAGUCAUGGAAAGAUUACUCUCCAUCUCAAAUUAGUAUGAUUGGAUAUCUUAAUUUGCAGAUUGUUUGGCUUAAAUUAUUAUUUAUUUGGAGAUUUUUUCGUCUUUGGACUCUUUGUGAUAAAAUUGAUCCACCUGAAAAUAUAGUUAGAUGCAUAAAUAAUAAUUAUUCAUUUUUAGGCUUUUGGAGGGCUUGGCAUAGAAGCUUUAAUCGUUGGAUAAUAAGAUAUAUAUAUCUUCCUCUUGGUGGUUCUAAGUUUUUAGUACCAAAUAUUUUUGUUAUAUUCACUUUUGUUGCAUUAUGGCAUGACAUUACUUUAAGAUUAUUUGUAUGGGGUUGGUUAAUUACUUUAUUUAUUCUUCCAGAGAUCAUAGCUUGCCGUAUUUUCCAAUCAAAAAAAUGGGAAGAUUGGCCAUAUUAUCGACAUUUAUGUGCACUAGGUGCUACAUUUAAUAUUAUUAUGAUGAUGAUUGCUAAUCUUGUGGGUUUUUGUCUUGGUAUUCAAGGUACAAAGGAUUUAUUUAUUCGUAUCUUUAUCGAUUAUAAAAAUUUCUUUUUUCUUAUAACUCUUUUUUUCACGCUUUUUGCUGCUUCUCAAAUAAUGUUUGAAAUAAGAAAUCAUGAAAAAAGAAAUGGGAUUUUUAUGCGUUAUUGA